AGUACAAGUUUACAUAAAUCACGUCUUAAAUUUAUGACGUCACUAAGAGUGCGGUGAGAAAAAAACAUUUUAAGUAGCCCUACUGUAAACGGGUCUAAAACUUUGUCAACAAAUUUAUUCGUUCACACUACAAUCUAUUAUUACAUUUGUUUCAUUGAAAAUGGCCCAUAAGCAGAACAACGAGACAUCCAAUGGGACGACAACGGAAAUUAUUGACGAAGCGGAUUCCUCUUCUCCAGCAGAGGCGACUAGGACUACGCCCACACUGCAACUACGCCUGGAACAUCCACGGGAUAAACGCCGGGUGGUUUUUCAUGCUGGUGUCGUAGACAACGAGCAUUUAAAUCGCAAGAAGUCCAAGUGCUGCUGCAUAUACAAAAAACCUCUAGCGUUCGACGAGAGCUCUUCAGAUGAUGAUGAAGACUGCGAGCAUUGUUUUGGUCAUCCAGAAAAGCGGAAGAGGAACGCUAAACACUCUCAUGAUAAUGUAGACAACUCGAGCCCAGAGACUACGCAUCCAGACGGGCCAUCGACAUCCACUCAGGCUGUUACCAACCCUAACCCGCCAGCAGAGCCUGUUGAUUCCUCGACCAAUCCGAAAUCCCCUACACAAGGUUCUGAAUUUGAACAGGCGCACAGUUCGUAGCGAGUACUCCAAUUUAAAUAUAUAUAAUUAUAAAAGUUAACAACAUUAAA